AAAAAGACUCGCCCAGAACAUGUUGUAAUGAGAGUAUGAGCCCUGUAACUGAAAGUUACUAACUUUAUUUUUUUCUUUGCCAUUUGUCAUCUUAAUUGUUUUUAAAUCUAUCUCAUUUAAUUGACUGUUUCUGUUAAUUUUUAAUCUCAUCUUAAGCAAUCAACCUAAAGAUAAAACUGUUGAAAGACAAAACCAUCCCAUUGGUCUCUCCUUUUUAAACCAUUCCGGCAUGACGGAAUACAAGCUAGUGGUGGUCGGUGCCGGUGGUGUUGGUAAAAGUGCUCUCACCAUUCAGCUAAUUCAAAAUCAUUUUGUUGAUGAAUAUGAUCCAACUAUUGAAGAUUCCUAUCGUAAGCAAGUCGUAAUUGACGGUGAAACAUGCCUUCUAGAUAUUUUGGACACUGCCGGACAAGAAGAGUACAGUGCCAUGAGAGAUCAAUAUAUGCGCACUGGGGAAGGUUUUUUGCUUGUAUUUGCCCUUAAUAAUGCGAAAUCAUUUGAAGACAUUUCAAUGUACAGAGAACAGAUUAAAAGAGUAAAAGAUGCAGACGAUGUGCCAAUGGUAUUAGUUGGUAACAAAUGUGAUUUACAGACUCGAGCUGUUGACAUUUGGGGUGCUCAAGAAGUUGCUAAAAGCUAUGGAAUUCCAUUUGUUGAAACUUCUGCCAAAACUCGCCAAGGUGUUGAUGAUGCAUUCUACACACUUGUUCGUGAGAUCAGGAAAGAGCGAGAAAGGAAAGGCAAAGAUAAGAAAAAAGAAAAGAAAGGUUCUCGGAAAAAGAAGUGCUACAUUUUGUAACUAUUUGAGAACCUUCUUUGUCUUUUUGUUUCCUUCUCUCUCUCUUUUUCUCUCUCCCACUAUCUUUAUCUAUUGACGGCUUACCUAUCAAAAAACAAAAAUCCAUACGGCUGUUCGUUUGCAUAUUCACCGGCAUCGGUUAUUAUCGCCAUUGCAUCAGAUUUUUAAAUAUCAUCGAGCUCAAAAGCUUUCCGCAUACCUAUUUCUUUCAAUAAAAACAACUGUGUGUCAAUUAAGUAUUUAAACAAACAAUUAAUAAACAAAAUAAGAAGAGUUUCCGAAAAAA